CCCACUUUCUGAAAUUUAAUACAAAUAACCUGAAACAAAGUUUGAUUGGGUGCAUCAAACAAACAAACAAACAGAUAAAUAAAUAAAUGAGAGUAAAAGGAGAGCAGUGUUGUGUUGGUGUUCAUUAGAAGAGCAGUAUUUGAGCGUUCCUGCAGCUCUGCUGGGUUUUUGGAGUGAAAUAGAAUUGUAGAAUUGUAGAAUGUUCAGGUCGUCAUGGCGAUCAGUGUGCUAAUAUACUGCAGGGUCUGUCAUAAGGACUGCUGAAGAUUUGCUCAUUUCUACUUUGGAUACUUCAUGUUUCACAUUUCCAGAUAGAGAAGCUUAGUGAGGACAUUGGCAGUGCUGGUGAUGAAAAACUCCUCUGAGGGGUUUAUACCUCAUCCUGAAGAAGAUCAUCAUUCAAACUGGACAGGGGAGUCUGAUGAGAAAUAUGUCUCUGAAGGACAGAGUUUAAUAUUUCCUGGUCCUCUGAUGGGUGCUAAGAUGCAGAAGGAGGAGUUGAUGAGAUUUAUCCAGGACAAAUGUCAGGAGUGUUUUUUGCACCUGGAUCAACCUGAGCAACAGAAAUCCUAUUUCUUCUGGUCCAUUAUGGAGUACAUCUGUAAUAGAAAUGGACAAGUAAUGAUGUUCGAAAUCUCCCCGCUCCUCUUCAAGGGCUACGGCCUUCUGAGGAGAAAACUGGGACGUGUGGAGAAACAGGAGGACUGGUGUAUUCCUCUGGCAGUGCUUUUAUGCUCCGCAGCUCCAAAAGAUGAACUCAGAGAAGCCAUUAUUGAAAUGGGAGACAUGUUCGCAUCUAGAAAAUGGAGCUAUGCAGCACAUAUUUGUUAUGUGGUGGCGCAAUUGGAGCUGGGAUCACACCCACGAUUUACUCUGAUUGGAUGUGACAGAAUGCCAGACAGUAAAUCAGCCCUGAGGGAGGCAAUAGAGAGAACUGAGGUCUAUGAGUACGUGCUGUCUCUGACCACAGGGUUCGGCCAGCCACACUUCCAGGACUUCAAGUACGUUCACGCCUGCUACCUAGCCGAGGCUGGACUCUGUGCUCAGGCGCUUGAUUACUGUGAACGAGUUGCUACAACGGUCCUCAGCUUCCCUCACUGCAUCCAAAGCAAUGUGAUGGAAUGGGGUAUAUGGCUCUCUGAGCGUUUGCUUCAAGAAGAAUGGAAGAAUGAAGCAGAAGAACCCAAGUGGCUGAUAGAUCUUCGCCAGCUGCUGGAAGAUAGAGCAGCCCUUUGUAGCUCUUCUGAUGACCAGGAGCAGUGCAGCUUUGAGUCUGAGGAACCAGUUAACCUGCAGUUUCACCCUUCAGAUUAUGAUGAGUUUGACUCACGGUACACUAUGGGAGAGAUGCUGGGGACUGGAGGCUUCAGCUAUGUCUACGCUGGAGUCCAUAAGGCUGAUGGGAAACCGGUUGCCAUUAAAUGUAUGGACAGAAAUCCCUAUGAUAAAUUCAUCACCAUCCCUGGAGAUACACGCAGGCUCCCUCUGGAGGUGGCAUUGAUGGAGAUGGUGUCCAAGCCUCCUGGCUGUGAGAAUGUGGUGAAGCUACUGGAAUGGUUCGAGACAUCCACCUUCUACAUCUUGGUGCUGGAGCGACCUGUCCCCUGCACAGACCUUUAUUACUACAGUAAAGGUCAAUUGCCUGAACCAGUGGCUCGAAAGCUCAUGUGGCAGGUGGUUCAGGCUGCUCAUCACUGCUGUACCCAUGGAGUUUUUCACCGUGACAUCAAACCUGAGAAUAUUUUGAUCAAUACGAACACGCUGGAGGUGAAGUUGAUCGACUUUGGCUGUGGCGACCUGCUGACGAACGAGCCCUACAAGAGCUUUUCAGGCACUCCGAUUUACUCGCCUCCUGAGUGUAUUCUCAACAGAGACUAUUUUGGAGUUCCUGCUACUGUCUGGUCUCUGGGUGUGGUCCUGUUUUUCUUGGUCAAUGGACAGGACCCCUUUAUCAGUGAUAAAGAGAUUGUUGAGGGGGAUCUGCAGCUCCAUCCUGAUCUGUCUGUUGGGUGUUGCGAUCUGAUCAAGUGGUGCCUGGAAAAAGACCCGAAUCAUCGGCCAACUCUCACACAAAUCCGAAACCACAGGUGGUUUAAGGAGGGACUUCAGGGCACGGUCCAGGUGAGACAGUUAGAAUAGAAUCGACUAAAUUACACUGAGAUAAGACACGCUGUAAUCGUCUAGAGUACAGGGAUUGUACUGGAUCAGUACUGAGUUCUGGAACACAGAUCACUCUACUUAUGGGUUCACUGAGGAAAUACUGAUUGCUUCCCAGUGCAUUUUAAUGUAAUCUAUCUUUAUUAUUUUUAGAUGACAUACUGUCCUGCUGACUAGUAACUGAUAGCACCUUCAUAAGACUUAAACAUGUAAAGAAAAAAAAUCUAAAAAUAUCUAAGAAAUAAAGAUAGAUAUCUAAAAAUAUUUAAGAUAAAAGAAAGAAAGAAAGAAAUCUAAAAAUAUCUUUAAAAAUAUAAAAACUAUCCACACUCCCAG